UGGUAGAAUGCAACACCAUGCUGCUGAUUUCGUGUUGUGACUUGCCGGUGGUGCGAACAUUUCUCGUCUGCUUUUCACGGUGAUCUGACAUCUAGAGAUGGCUCAGCCUCAGUCAUUGGACACAGAAGCCACUGUGAAACAGUUCAAGGAGUUCCUAUUGUCAUACAACAAACUUUCUGAGAUGUGUUUUAAUGACUGUGCUACUGAUUUCACAACAAGAAAAGUUUUAGAUUCAGAGGAUAAGUGUUCCCUGAACUGUAUGGAGAAAUAUCUGAAGAUGACUCAGCGGAUUUCUCUGCGCUUUCAGGAGUACCAGCUCCAGCAGUCUGAGGGGGCAAGUGUCAUGCCAGGGAUGAUGCAGAGGUAGAAGUGCCCCUUAGCAGCCUCAUAGGUUCAGGUGGCACAGGUGUGCAGUGCUGUGUAUAAGGAGAGCAGACAGCAGUUUGGGAUAGGGAGCGACAGGCAGUGCUGGAGACAGUCAGUGUGACUAUACUGCUGGAAAGGCUUCAGCAUUCUACACAGUAGGAUGUUUAUUUUUUUUUUUUUGUGAGAAUGGAGUACAAAAAGGAGGGAAGCAUUCUUCUAUGGAGUAAUGAAAUGAGCCUAUAUCAUGUUUGUGAAAAUAAUGAGAACCUUUCUAGUAGGGAAGAAAUUUGGGUUAGUUUUCUAAUCAUCAGCUGAGUACUGCUGUACUAACUGAUCUAUCAAGGCAGAUGAAAUUAGCUUGCUAUUUUGUAGGAGACAGAUUGUAUGCAAGCUGUAAGUUCCAGCCUCGUAAAAAUAAUAACAAUAACAAGAAAAAACAGAACGAUUACAAUAGGGAUCGCGUUCGGAGAGAAAAUAUAUUUAAAAGUGAGAGUCUGUGUUUGUUAUAUUUGCUACUGUAAUUCUUCAGUGUUUUUGUACAUUUACCAGGUGUGUCUUAAAGGGAUUCAUAAUCGACGCUGAUUGGCUGACAAUGGAGAUUGGGUUUCCUGGGUUAAACCAUGCAACUUUAGUUCCACAUGAAAUUUAGCUUAGCCUAAGCAUAGCUUGGACUUGCCUCUCUCUCACACCAGUCAAUAUCCCUUUAAGGCCUACUUUGAAAGCUCUUAUUCUCUCUCCAUUGUGACAGCUGAUCUUCAUGUUGCAUGAUUUUGUAAUCCAGUGUCAUCACAGAAAUUAAAGUGUUAAUUAUGAUUUG